UGUUUGAGUGUGUGUGUGAGACCAGCAGCCUGCUCUCAUGUCGCUGCAUGAGUUUCUGCGGGAGGGUGGGGAGGCAUCGUGCCGGAUCAUGAACCGGCUCAGUCAUCUGAUGCAGAACUUGGACAUCUCUGGACAAGGGUCGCCUUACCCCUCCAACCCAUCGAGCCGCAGGAGCUCCUGGAGAGACUGGGAUGAUGAGAUCAUGCAGCUGGACAGCAGUCCUCUCCGUGCGGCUGACAUCAUCCCUGACCUCAAGAAGCAGUUUGCCUUCCUUUCAGGAGGCAGAGGGGAUAAUGGCAGCCCCAUCAUUGUGUUCCCAGAAUUCCCAGCGUUUGGAGAGAUCACAGACGGAGAGUUUCACAACGUGCUGACGUACCUGACCAGUGUGCCCAGUUUGUCUUCGACAGGCGUGGGUUUCAUCCUGGUUAUAGACCGCAGGCAAGACCGAUGGGCAGCUGUCAAGGGGACCCUGCUUCGUAUCGCCGGCUCAUUCCCAGGGAACCUCCAGCUGGUUCUGGUCCUGAGGCCCACCACCCUCCUGCAGCGCACGCUCUCUGACAUCCUCUUCAAGUUCAACAAGGAUGAGUUCAAGAUGAAGGUGCCGGUGAUCAUGCUGAGCUCAGUCACUGAGCUGCACUCUUACAUCGACCGCACACAACUGACCCACGAACUCGGGGGAACGCAGGAGUACUGUCAUGACAAGUGGAUCUCUCACCGCACAGCAAUUGAGGGUUUUGCAUUGAUGGUGAAGAAAACAGCACAGACUCUGCAGCUGUUUGGGACUGAACUGGCUGAAACCGAACUCCCCAAUGAAAUCCAGGCCACGACCCUCCUUCUGAGCACGCACACAAGCAAGAAAAAUAGAAUGAAGGAGGAUCUGCUGGUAGCCCAGGGUCAGGGCAGCAGGCUGCUGGAGAGCAUCAAUGAGCCUGUAGUCAGAGACCCGGACCACAACAUGAACCAGGAUGAGCUGGAGAACCUGGCCACAGUGCAAAGGCUGCUGUCUCAGCUGGACGAGACGGAGCGAGCUUUCGACGAGUUCUGGGUGAGACAUCAGACCAAACUGGAGCAGUGUCUCCAGCUGCGUCACUUUGAGCACAGCUACAGAGAGGUGAGGGCUCUGCUGGAUCAGGUGUCUGAGAAACUCGCAACCUUUUCUGAGGUGGGAAUCAGCCCGGCUCACGCUGACCACAUCUUCGGUGAACUCAACACUUAUGAGGAGAGAGUGUGUGAGGUGCUGGACAGAGCCUUGUCUUUGGCUAGUGAGGGUGAAGAACUGAUUAAGAACUCCCACUACGCUGAGGACUCCAUCCAGCCCAAAUGCAGCGAGCUCAGAGCGAUCAGUGAGACGGUGAGCAGCUCCCUGCGGGCCAAGAAGGACCACCUCCUCAAAGCCAUGGAGCUGCACCAUCGUCUGGAAAGGGCUUCUAAAUGGGUGGAUGAUGGCAUUUACCUGCUGGCAUCCCAGCCUGUGGACAAGUGUCAAUCGCACGAGGGGGCGGAGUUAGCCCUGCAGGAGCUGGCGUACCUGGAGAAGGCAGAACAGAACCAACUGACGGAACUCAGCACCAUCUGGGACGAAUAUGAAGCUGUGAUCAAUCAGCAGUUAAGGGACCAAGUGGAGAAGGUGUUCCAGAAGCAGGCGUCCAUGCAGGAGAUGUUUGACAAGAGAAGGAUCAGCCUGAAGAAGCUCGCAGCCAAACAGACCAGACCGGUGCAGCCUGUAGCCCCCAGACCCGAAGCCUUCAUCAAAUCUCCUCUCAGCUCGCCCGCACACAGAGCUCAGCUGGAGAAAAACGACUCAGAGAUAGACUCCGGGAACAACUGUGAGAAAGGAAGCGGCCCUCUGCAGAACGGAGACGGUAACAGCAGACAUGCGUCUCUGUCAGAGGAGGAGGAGAAUCUGGCCGUGCUCAGGAGGCACGUUAUGAACGAGCUGCUGGAAACUGAGAGAGCGUACGUUGAGGAGCUGCUCUGUGUAUUACAGGGAUAUGCCUCUGAGAUGGAUAAUCAGGCGAUGGUUCACCUCAUGCCUGCUCCCCUGCAGAACAAAAAGGAGGUUCUGUUUGGCAACAUGCCAGAAAUCUACCACUUCCACAAGAGAACUUUCCUGAGGGAGUUGGAGCAGUACACAGACUGCCCACAGCUGGUUGGACGGUGUUUUAUUGAGAGGAUGACAGACCUGCAGAUCUAUGAGAAGUACUGCCACAACAAGCCUCGCUCUGAAAGCCUUUGGAGGCAGUGUUCAGACUGUGCCUUCUUCCAGGAGUGUCAGAAAAAGCUGGAGCAUAAACUGGGUUUAGACUCCUAUCUGCUGAAGCCUGUUCAGAGGAUUACCAAAUAUCAGCUGCUACUGAAGGAAAUGCUGAAGUACAGUAAGAGCUGUGAGGGGCUGAACCUGCAGGAGGCGCUCACCUCCAUCUUAGGCAUCCUUAAGGCUGUUAAUGACUCAAUGCAUCUCAUCGCCAUCACAGGAUACGAGGGGAACAUGAGUGAGCUGGGUAAGCUGCUAAUGCAGGGGUCAUUUAGCGUGUGGACGGAGCACAAGAAAGGUCACGCCAAGGUGAAGGAUCUGGCCCGUUUCAAACCCAUGCAGAGGCACAUCUUCCUCCACGAGAAGGCCCUGAUCUUCUGCAAGAGGAGGGAGGAGAACGGCGAGGGCUACGAGAAAGCUCCAUCAUACAGCUUCAAGCAGUCUCUGAGUAUGAGUGCCGUCGGCAUUACUGAGAAUGCAAAGGGAGACCACAAGAAGUUUGAAAUCUGGUGCAACUCCAGAGAAGAGGUGUAUAUAGUUCAGGCGCCAUCGGCUGAGGUCAAAACCACCUGGGUGAAUGAGAUCAGGAAAGUUCUGACAACUCAGUUGGAAGCAUGCAGAGCCAGCCAGCAGAGGGCGCCAGACCAGGUUUUCCAAUUCCCCCCUGUGCCCAGUGGAACAGUAAGUCUCAGUCCCUUUAAGACUGGUCAGAAGAGCUUUAAAAAGGGAGACGAUAAGAAAGCUGAGCCCUGCAGCCCUGAUGCUAACUCCUCUUCUUCACCAAAGCCCGCAGGAAAAGACGAGGCUGUGACAAGCCCUACCUCAGACAGAGCUGCUGUGGCUAAAAAGCGCUUUACUUUACAGGGCUUCAGUAACCUCAAAGCUCAGAAAGGAUCCCCCACAAGUCCCGAUCACAAGACGAAACGGCAGAGCGACCCCACCCCAUUCGGCUUCAAAGGCUGGAACAAAACCUCCCUGUCUCUGGAUGCCUCAGAGGAGCACGACGGCUACUCCAGUGCUGACGAUCCUCUGAACUCUGACCCAGAGGAGGACUGCGGAAAGAAGCUGUGCGCUGGCAAAUAUACGGUGAUGGCUGACUACGAGAUAGACGGUGCUGAAGAUUUCUCAGUGAAGAGCGGAGACAUGGUGCAGCUCGUCAAGGAGGGAGAUGACCAGCAGUGGUUUGUACGUAACCUGAGCUCUUCUAAGGAGGGCUGGAUUGCAGCUGCAAAUCUUAUCACACUUAUUGGAAAGUCCAAGUCUUGCCAGUCUCUCACCAGCUCAGAAGGCAGUGGCUCGGGAAAUCUCAGCACGUCGUCCAGCUGCAGCGAGACAUACACCAGCUUCUCUGACAUCAAACCCUAAACUUCUCAGCACCUCCAUCACCAAACUGCUCUCAUGGUACAGCUUAAAUCAUGUGGCUGCUGCCUGUGCUCUGUUUCCAACAUUCAUACCCACAAGAAAUCUUCACAGAAAAUCUGAAUUCUUUUUUUAAUUUUUUUUUUUAUAUUAUGCACAUGCACCAGUCAUUAAGAUAAUAUGCCAAACAUGUGCUCACUUGAAGGCGAAGAUGCUGAACAGAAAAAAUGUACAGGACAGACAAUAAUUUCACCGUUUAGUACGAUCAUUGAUCUUUGUUUAUAGUCACACACUUCGUCUGUAUAUAUUUUUUAAAUAAAAGACGAGAAUCACUGUAAUUAUAUCGGAAUAGAUGUAUGAAUGGGCCAGCAGGACUGAUCUCAGUUAAUGCAUCUGUCUGUGUUAACUUUAAAAAUUGGACAAAGUGUGGUGAUCAUCCUUUCUGUUUGUCUGCACAGAUCAUUUCACUGUUACUGUACGCAAAGAAAAAAGGGAAAUGUUAAAUACGCACAGCUUGGUUAGCCUAAGUGAAUGUUUUCCUGAGAGUCGAUUAACUCUCCCUACGUGUGUUUAUUUAUUUGCAAGAAACGUUUCAGUUUGUCUCGUCUCUUUUGUUACCGUCUUCUUGACUCUCUUCCUGUAUGACAUGUCUGUUUGUUGCAUAAACUGUAAUAGACAUACCUUUGUUGUCAUCCUGUCAUUGGAGACCUGUUCUGCCACCAGCUGCCCAGACCUGUGUACGAGCUUCUGUGUGGUGUCAUUCUGUGGGUUUCAUGUAGGCUACAGCUACAGUUGAAAAAUGUUUCUCAAUGUGAAAAUUCACUGUAUAGUGCUAACUUAUUCCCAUGGUGGGAUCACCUUAUGAAUGUAGAUAUUGUUCAUUAAUAUCCGUCUGUCAUGAAAUGUAUGUUAUUUGAGAUGCUAUAUUGUAUAAUAAGUAUGGUGAUGUCACUGAUGACGUGACUUGUCUAAUUUUUUUACAUAAACAACUUGUGAUAACUCAAA